CUGGUUUUUAAAUUAAAAUCAUAAUAACAACACAGAUUUUAAAUUUAUUUCCACAUAAACAAAUUAAAUUUUAUUCAGUUCGUACAAUAUGCAUUUCCAAGUCACGGUCCUUCCUCAAAAAGCGCAGCAAACGGUCGACAACAGCGUUCCUUGCAUCACAUGGGUGUCCAAUGAUGAGUUUUACUCAUGCGGGGGUGAUCAUACAAUAUAUCGGUGGAAUUCUCAAGGCGGUGAGGUCGUCAAGAUUGCCGAAUUGUCCAAAGAUUUCACUCCGACUUCGCUGCACAACUUGCAAAAAUCAAGAUCCAAUAAACCAGGAUCGGAUUUGCUGCUUCUGCUGACCACUUCAAAUGGAAAAAUAAUGAUGAUGAGCGGCAGUGGUCGUCUGGAGAAAUGCGUUGAUGCUCACAAAUCGGAAAUAUUGGUCGCCAAAAUCAGCAAAGACGGUUCCAGUAUUUUAACAGGCUCUGAGGAUGGAAGUAUUAAAAUUUGGUCUCGGUCUGCAAUGCUGAGGGCGAGUUUCAACGAAUCCACCCCUUCGUCAAUAAUAGCAGCCGACUGGUCUCCAGAUUCGCAAGCAAUCGCAUACGCUCAGGGUGCUUCUGUCAUAAUGAAACCAUUGAUACCCGGCUUGGCUCCUACAAAGUGGCAAGCCCACGAAGGUAUGAUUUUGAGCCUUUCUUGGAGUCCGACGCAAAAUGGUUUUAUUGCCACUGGGGGCGAGGAUGGAAAAUGCAAAGUAUGGGAUUCAAUGGGCCAUCUUAUGUUUUCGAGCAGCAAUCAGGGCUCGCCAGUAACUUGCUUGGCCUGGAAUCUAAAUGGGCAGAUUUUGGCUGUCAGUUCGCACAACGCACUCCGACUCUGUCAAACUAUGGGGCGCUUUUCAACGUCGGAAUUGGUUUCAAAUAAUACGGCGCACGCUAUCAAUUGGAAUAAAGACAAUUCUCGACUAAUUGGUGCUUGCGGAUCUGGGAAAAUUAUUUCAGCCAAUAUUGUUGGCAGGGAAAUCCAGCGCGAUGGAAUUCAGGCAAAAAUGGUCGGAGACAAAAUUGUUCAGAUGCGCGACCUGAAAAUAUCGGACAUGUGGGAAACCUUGGAGGUCAAAAGUUCCAUCCUAUUACUCGAAGCCGGCCAUGGACACGUGGUCCUCGCAACAAGCGACAGGUGCCUUAUUUACAACAUGACCACAAUCAACACACCGAUGGAAAUUAAAGUCGCUGGCGUAUUUUUGCUUCAAAUAACGGCAAAGUGCAUUUUGGCUGUGAACGAAUUCGGAUUUUGGGUUUAUUCACUACAGGGUCGCGCCAUCACCGUUCCGCAAGUGCCUAAUUUGCAGAACGUACACCUAACCGAAAAUACAAUUCAUCUGGCGCCAGACCAUUUAGCCAUAAGAGAUUCCACUGAAUUUAGAGUGGUGCAUGUUUUGGACUUUGGGUUUUCUCGAGCCACGGACAGUCAAGGCUCCCCGAAAAUUCGGUUCAAGGAGCCCAUCAAACAAGUAGCUCUGAAUCAAACUGAGACGGAAAGAUGUUUGGCCGCUCUUGAUUUGCAAGGAGAUCUUUACGUUGUUCCCAAUCCGGCCUUGCAAGGCGCUGCAAGUUACAAAAUUUCUGGGAUGGUUCGGCACAUCAUGUGGAACUCGUGUAAUCCCUAUCUGAGUGCCUUGACUGAGAGCGAGCUUAUUGUGUGGUUCUAUCCUCAGAUUGUGGUUUUGGAUAAUCAACUUGUGACCAACACUCGCUUCGAAAAAGACUUGAGCGAAAUUGGAACGAAUGCUAUCUUAACUCAAUUUAGUGGCGGAUUAUUGGAGAUUCAGCGCCACGACAAAAUGAAAAUUUGCAUGCCAAUGAAUUUGGUGCCAGCAACUCUAUUUAGUUUGACAGAGAAAGGUGAUUGGGUCAAGGCAAUGAAACUGGUGCGGAAGGCAUCAUCGACCUCACUUUGCAAACCGGGAAGCAUGCACAGCUUUUUUGCUGCAAGGUGCUUGAUGAAGAAUCAACCCAAAAAAUCGCUCCCCUCUUACAUUGCACUUGGAAUGGUCGACGAAAUUGAAUAUGUUAUGAGUCAAAAUCGAUAA